AUGCAGGUGCCUGGGGACAUGUUCCCCACCGACUGGAGCCCACCACCUGUAGAGUUCCUAAAUCUGAGGGUACUGCAGGCUGGCCAGGAGGCCCCAGCCCAGAGGUGUCCACCCAAGGAAUUGGAACAGGAACCCCCGGACUCACAGGAGCAGCUGUUCUGCAACAUGGCAGGUCUGUGCCAGCAGGCUGUGGCCCCAGAGUUCGCCUCUGGGGGCUCAGAAAGCUAUGUCAACAGUUUGGAUUACUUACUGCAGGAAAAGAGGAUGCUGCUGGAGAAGUACUCCUUGCCACAGCAGGUCAUCCCGCCAGUACAUCCAGGCGAGACUGUGUUUCUGCCCAGGAGUCAUCCCCUGCCUUGCAUCCUGGACUCUUCACACAUAAAACCACGAAACCACCUGGAAGGGCUGUUCCUCAGCUCCCCUCUGGCCCAGCAGCUCUCCCUUCUGCGCAGCGGCCUCCUGAGCACGCUCUACCUGCACGUGCCCGACUGCCCGGUGCCCCUGCUCCAGUGGCUGUUCCAGCUGCUGACAUGGCCUCCAGAAACUUCUUUGGGAGCCUUUGGUCUCCUGUGGGAUCUCAGUGUGGAUGGGCUCUUCUGUCAGUCUGAUGAAGACAUGCACUUGUGGUGCCCCUCGCUGCCGGAGGUCAUGGAGGCAUUUCACAGCCUGGGAGCCCACAUCCCUGCUCUGUACCCCCUGGGGCCCUUUCAGCAUGGCAGCAGAGUGCUUAGAAGUGAGGCUGGCCUGAGCGGAAAUGAGCAGCAGGACACUCCCCAGGAGGUUGCCUUGGACAUUAGUCUGAGCUACAUCUAUAAGUUCCUCACGCUGUGUGCCCUGGCCCAGCCGGGGACUUACACUGACGGGAGCCUCGUGGGCCUGAUUGAGCUGCUGUGUCGCGCCAGCCUAGACGUGGGGCUCCGACUGCUGCCUAAGGCCGACCUGCAGCAGCUCCUGCUCCUGCUCCUGGAGAACAUCCAGGAGUGGCCAGGGAAGCUCCAGCAGCUGUGCCGCACCCUGAGCCAGGUGUCCGACCACCACCACAACCUGCUGGCGCUCGUGCAGCUCUUCCUGGACGUGACCUCCCGGAGCAGGCAGCUUCGAAGCCAGCUCAGCCUCGUGGUCAUUGCCCGAAUGUUGGGCCAGCAAGAGACGCUCCCUCUCUGGCAAGAGAAGACCCACCUAUCCUUGCUUGGCCGGCUCCUGAGCCUCAUGAGGCCAUCAUCCCUUGGGCAGUACCUGGGCUCUGAGUCCCUGCCACCCUGCCAGGAACAACAGCCAAAGGCCAGUGCCGAGCUAGACUACAAGGCCUGUUACCUGUGCCACAGCCUCCUGACACUGGCCGGCGUGGUGGUCAGCUGCCAGGACAUUACUCCAGACCAAUGGGAUGAGCUGCAGCUGCUGUGCAUACAGCUGGACCGCCACAUCAGCGCCCAUAUCCGGGAGAGCCCCCGGGCCAUGCACCGCACCAAACUCAAGGACUUGGCUGCCCAGACCUACAUCCGUUGGCAGGAGCUGCUGGCCCACUGCCCUCCCCAGGCCCAGUACUUCAGCCCCUGGAAAGACACCUAAUGGAGCAGGGUCGGGACAGCCCAGGGCUCUGGGCUUCAGCAGGCGGUAACCAGGGCUCAGGGAACUGGAGGAAGCGAAGAAUCAAAGCCAGAGGAGGGCCAGAUGCUGACCAGCCUGAUGAAGCAAGAGCCUGCCUCUGCCACUGCCCCUGCCCCCCCUCUGCCAGGGACGCCUCUCCCUGCCUGGCCCACCCUCAGCUCUCCUCCCCUCCCAGCCAUCUCUUCUUCCCUAAGGCCUUUGUCUCCAUAGCUCUGGUUUCCCUGGGCCUCCUGGGCCCUCCCGGGCCUCAGUCCUCCCCACCCUCCUUCCUCCCUUGCUCUGUCACUAAUGUGAGGUUUCUUUGUGCACAUUAAAGUCUUAUUUCAGCAUCA